AUGAAGUACCUGUGUGACCCCAGGCAGUUACCUAAUCUCUCUAAGCUCCAGUUCUUCCAUCUGGAGGAUGUGAAUUCAAAAAGCAUCGCUCUUGUUCUCUUAGCACAGUCUGGCACCUGUCAUUCAGAUAUUAAAAAAUCUCGGAGGCAGCCAUCUUGCUCUUGCCGCGUGCUGCUGUUGGAAAACCCUCCCUGCUUCAGAUUUACCAACAGCACAAAUCAAGAAAAGUUAGCCAGACUUCAGGUUCAGGUCCAGAUAGGAGGCAAGGGUACAGCUCGCAGAAAGAAGAAGGUGGUACAUAGCGCGGCUACAGCUGAUGACAGGAGGCUUCAGUGUUCUCUGAAAAAACUGGCGGUGAAUAAUAUAGCUGGUACUGAAGAGGUGAAUGUCAUGAAAGAUGAUGAGACAGUUACUCCUUUCAAAGUCCAAGCUUCCCUGUCUGCUAACACCUCUGCAGUUCCAGGUCACCCAGAAGCCAAGCCAGUCACAGAAACGCUUCCUGGAAAAUUAAGUCAGCUUGGUGCUGACAGCUUAACAAGUCUUAGAAAAUUAGUUGAACAGUUCCCACUGCAAAUGUUGGACAGAAACGCACCAAAACCAGAAGAUGUUGAUGAAGAAGAUGAUGAUCUUAUAGAAAAUUUCGAUGAAGCAUCAAAGAAUGAAGCUAGCUAA